AAAAUGAUAUUAUCAAAAUAUAUCAUGAAAUAUCCCAUUUAAAAGAUUAAAAUAUUUUGAUAUAAAUUUCAUGUUUUCUACUUUAUUUAUAGAUUUUUUUUUAAUUUCACUCUGCACUCCAUGAGGUUAGUCCUAGACUCCUAAUUGAGGCUUAUGGUUACGGAGUUAAUUGUUCUUUCUAAGGCCUUAAAUGCGGAGGACUAUACCACCGGCCCAUGGCCCUCCGUACCCGUCGUCAACUCAGCUGCUAAAUUUAUCUGCAUCUGCGGGCCGGCGGUUUCAUCAGCGAGAACGGAGAAGAAGAAUCGAAUGGCUCCUUUCGCUCUCGAUCACGACUCCUGCCCUGUCAUAAAGAACAUACUUCUUCUGGAUUCGGAAGGAAAGCGCGUUGCUGUUAAGUACUACUGUGAUGAAUGGCCUACAAACAGUGCUAAGCUUGCGUUUGAGAAGUCCGUCUUUACAAAAACUCAAAAGACCAAUGCUCGCACUGAAGCGGAUAUAACGCUGCUUGAUAACAACAUUAUCAUCUACAAGUUUGUUCAAGAUCUCCAUUUCUUUGUGACUGGAGCGGUUGAUGAAAAUGAGCUGAUUUUAGCAAGUGUUCUCCAAGGGUUCUUUGAUGCAGUUACUGUUCUUCUUAGGAACAAUGUUGAACACAGGGAGGCACUUGAGAACUUAGAUCUGAUUCUUUUGUGCCUUGAUGAGAUUGUUGAUGGAGGGAUGGUUCUUGAGACUGAUGGUAAUGUAAUUGCUUUAAAAGUUGCUAGUCACAAUAUGGAUGAUGGGACAUCCCUUUCUGAACAGACAAUAUCUCAAGCAUUGGCGACGGCGCGAGAACAUCUGACAAGAUCACUUCUCAGAUAGAUGAAACAUAUUCAUUGUUGCAGACUUGUGGGAUCAUUUCAUUCUUUGAGGAUAUAUCCAUUUUGUGCGCACACUGCACCCAUUUCGAAAGCCGCUCUUGGAAUUGCUAAAUUCACUCUUUUUUUUCCUAGAAUAAUUUCAACUUUGUAAUAGUUGUAGUAAUUACAAAGAACAUACUAAUAAUUAAAUGUGUUUGAACAAAAAUGCAAAAUUAUUCAUAUGGAUUUAUGCAUUGCCGGAUCUUAUGUUCAGAGGAGAUGAGAUUACAUAGUGGUGGUUUAGAUGCAUCUUUUUCCAAUAUAUUGUUUUAAUUUAA